AUGAUACCAUCGAUGUGUGAACAGGUUCAAAAUCCAGAGCCCGAAGUGCCGAAAGCAAUUGUAUAUUCCGUUAUUGCUGCUGGAAUGAUUGGUAUUAUUUAUCUCAUUCCUCUUCUCUUCGUUAUGUCUAAUGUUAAUAAACUACUUUCCAUACCAACGGGUCAACCAAUUGCUUACAUAUUUACUCAAUCAACUGGUCUUCUUGGUCUUAUUUAUUUCUAUUCAUCGGCUGCAUUCAACGCAUUCACAGGUGUUACGACCAUAUGUCUUUCGACAUCCUAUGGACCACCGAUUCUCAUACUACUCGUUCGCGGGCAUCAUUUAGUUCACAAUGCCCCUUUUCACCUGGGCAAACUCGGCUAUGUAAUUAAUUUGAUCACCAUCGUUUGUAUUCCCUUGGCUAUGGUGAUAUUUUCGAUGCCAACGGCAAUACCUGUGUCAGUUUCAACGAUGAACUUUGUCAGUGCAAUCUUCGUUUUCUUUGCUGGUAUCAGCAUUGUAUGGUACAUCGUUUGGGGAAAACAACGUUUCAUUGGACCACCCAUAUCAUGUGUAGAAUAA